AUGGCAGAAAAACUAGAUAAAACCCAGGUUAAGAAGAUUUUUAACAAGUUUGACUAUAAUGGAAAUGGCAUCCUAUCACUUGCUGAAAUUGAUAAAGCUGUAAUUGAACUCUACCCGCAUUUUGCAAAAGAUAAGCCUGCCAUUAUGCGAGCUUACAAAGCUACUGACGUUUCAAAGGACGGAUUUGUUGACUUGAGUGAAUUUGGCAAUCUCCUUGAUCUUCUUUAUUACUAUGAUGAUCUAUACAAACAGUUUCAGAAACUUGACAAAAACAAAGACAAACGUAUCAGUUAUGCAGAGUUCAAGAAAGGACAUGAGCUUGUUGGGAUAAAUGCGAAUUCCGAUGAAGAGCUUAAGGCAGAAUUUGAUAAAAUUGAUACGAAUCAUGGAGGUUAUAUCCUCUUUGAAGAGGUAAAGUGA